AUGAACGGCUUACAGACUCUACCCCAAUGGCGUCAAUUCUUCGGAAACCCCGAGGGUGCGAUCCUUGGACUCAUGAACGCUGUAUACCCACUUGGCAAAGUCGUUGCUCUAUUCGUCGUCACCUACGCCGGCGAUCGAUGGGGCCGCAAAUUGCCUCUCUUCAUCGGACUUGUGGCUUGUAUUGCUUUUGCUGUUCUUCAAGGCCUCGCCAAGGACUUAACGAGUUUCGUCACGGCAAGGGCUUUGCUGGGGUUCUUCACGACUUUUAUCAGCCAGCCGAGCCCCAUCAUUAUUACCGAACUUGCAUACCCAACUCAGCGGGGAAAAGUAACUGCCCUCUACAACACAUUCUUUUACUUCGGUUCCAUCUUUGCUGCUUGGUGUACGUUUGGCACAUUCAAGAUCGCGUCCACUUGGAGCUGGCGGAUUCCGUCGAUUCUCCAAGGUGCGGUUCCAGUUGUUCAGUUACUUGGGUUCUAUUUCCUUCCAGAGUCACCUCGUUGGCUCAUGCGUCGUGGUCGAAAAGACGAGGCGCGAAAGGUUUUCGCCGAUUAUCAUGCUGGCGGUAACCUUGACGACCCCUUAGUCGACUUUGAGAUGCGCGAAGUAGAACUCACUCUCGGCGAAGAGGUAGAGGCCAUGUCCCAGUCAUCCUGGCUUGAGCUUGUGCGAACCCCAGCCAACCACAAACGUACGCUGAUUGCCGUAAUUUUGGGCUUCUUCUCGCAAUGGAACGGCGUUGCAGUAGUAUCUUAUUACUUGACAUUGGUUCUCAACACCAUCGGAAUUACCGAAGUCAAGGACCAAACGCUGAUCAACGGGUUGUUGCAAAUCUUCAACUGGGUCAUCUCAACUUUUCUCGGGGCACUAAUGGUUGAUCGACUCGGCCGAAGACUUUUGUUCCUGAUGUCCACGGCGGGUAUGCUUGCUAAUUAUAUCGCCUGGACUGGUUUGACUUCUCACUUUGUCGCCAGUCGCGACGAGUCUACCGGAAGAGCGGUUGUAGCCUUCAUCUUCAUUUUCUACUUCUUUUAUGAUGUUGCAUGGACACCUUUGCUGCAAGCUUACCCUGUCGAAAUCUUCCCUUACACACUUCGUGGGCGUGGUUUGUCUAUCACCUAUAUUUCUGCCUUUACCGGCCUUAUCAUCGGAAAUCAGGUUAACCCAAUCGCGAUGAAAACGAUCGCCUGGAAGUAUUAUAUAGUCUUUUGCUGUAUACUUGGUGCACUGUUUGUCCUGAUUUGGUUUCUGUUCCCCGAAACUAAAGGGCACACACUGGAGGAAAUCCGCGAGGUAUUUGAGGGCAAGCCCGUGAGUAAGAUGAUUGACAUCGAGGAAGGGGGUGACGGGGAAGAUAAAAAGGACGAAAAGGUAAAACAAGUCGAGUUGGCCUGA